AUGGUGGAUUUGCGGUCGCUCACCCAGCCGGUGGGCAUCUUGCGAACACUGGCAGCCAUCCUCGCUUGUAUGUCGAUUAUCUUGGCAGCAACGGGGGGAAAAGAAUCGUCUUCUUACUGGGCCUGGUGCAUGUUCACGUGGUGCUUCUGCUUCUUCUUCACCCUUCUCAUCCUCGUCCUGGAGUUCACCACUGUAAGCAAGAAGCUACCUUUCGCCUGGGAUGACUUCACCGCUGCCUUUGCUAUGCUGGCCAGCCUCAUGUUCCUGGCCACCUCCAUCAUUUACCCUACAUUUUUCACCUGCGCAACCUGCUACCGUCAGAUCGGUGCGUCUGUGGUGUCCUGGGUCUGUUUCGGGGUGUAUGCCGGCGAGGUGGUCCUGACACGCCUUCGCCCGUGCGGAGAGAACAUCGGCUUUCUCUCAACGUUGGCCGGUAUAAUGAAGCUUCUGGAGACCUUCAUCGCCUGUCUCAUCUACACGUCCCUGGAGAGCCGACAGUACGUGAACUCCCCGCCGCUGCAGUGGUGCGUGGCCGUGUACUCCUUGUGUUUCAUCUUUUCCAUCAUCAUAAUCCUGCUCACCCUUGGACAAGUGACCUCUUUUUUUCCCAUCCCAUUUGACAAGCUGGUGGUCGUCUUCAACAUUUUGGCAGCAGUGAUGUACGCAACAGCGAUGGUGAUCUGGCCGGUGUACAGCCUCCAUAGCAAUAAGAGACCUGGCAACUGUGGCCACCUUUGUCACUGGGAUAAACUGGUGGUGGUCACCUUCAUGGCGAUCUUCAACUUCAUUGUUUACACCCUGGACACUGCCUACUCCAUACGCCUUGUGUUCUUUACUAGCAACGAGUGA